GUGCUCCGCGGAUCGCUUCGCUCUCCUCUUCCCACCUCGCCGCGGGAGUUGGACGCCGCGGCGGAGGUGGAGAUGGCGGCGGCGGCGGCGGCGACGGCGGAGGAGUACGAGGAGAUGCUGCGCGUGGUGGAGGCUUGCGCCGCGCGCAUCCGGUGGCGCCUCCGGCCCCAAUCCAAGCGCCGCCUCCUCAACGACAUCAUGUUCCUCUGCACUAGGUUGCGGCCUGUGGUACUGAUGGAUUAUGGCGGCACAAUGCCUGAACUACAAGAGAAUCUCUGCUCCUUGCUGCAUCAUGCUCGGCAGGAAACAAGCAUCUUGAGUCCACUAAGGGUGAUGGUUAUUAAAGAUAUGCUCUACUUGAUUCACGCAAAGGGUCUUGCUGAGCAUGCUUCACCAAAUGCAAGGUCACAGCACCAGCUAGCUUUUGUCGACCUUGGGAAAAGCUGUACCAAACUGCUUCCAGAUACAGAAGAGAACGACAAUGUGCAUGAAUUUGUAUCCAUUCAAGAUCUCUUUUCAGCAAAAUUUCCUGUUGAUGCAGCUCUAGAAAUUCCAGAGGGAACAACUGACACAGAUUGUUCUGGAUCUUGCACUGCUGACAGGAUAUCACUGGUUAUUGAUCUAACUGCCUCCAUUGAGAGUGCCCUUGCGUUGCCUUCUUUGAAUGGAUGGCUUUUGGGCUAUCCUGUGAUAUAUUUGUUUUGCAAUGGAAGUGCUGAGAUUGCCACACAGAAUCUGUCCAAGCACUCUCUGCACAUCUAUAGGAUAUAUGCUGUCAGACAUCGUCCAUCAGCUGCCAAACAGUCCGAACAGGAACUGAUGAGUUUUUCAGUUCCUAUUGAUAUGAGCACCAAACGUGAUGAAGAGCCAUGGGCAAAAUCGUUUCUGUGUUACAUGAACGAGAAGAUCAAGCAGUGCAACCAUGUCUGGGCAUCAAUUUGGAUGGAGAUCGAGGUUUUCCAAAGCCAAUCAGGACUCGUCGUUUUGUAGUCCAGAUGAACAUGCAUUCUAGAUUUCUACUACAUGAUAUCUGCAAAAUUGCCAUUCAACGAUCUUAAACAAUGACAAAUUCGAUAGAGAAUUUUGCAUCUAUACCACCGAAAUCAGAUCGUACAAAGUAGUCGAAUCUUCGUUCAAUUCAUCUGGCAAUCAGGUGCAAUCAAGGAGGCAGUAUGAGUAUGGAUAUAUACCAUGUUCAUUACCUUUGUACUCCCCUGUGUAUCCAUAACGUAGCAAAGGGAAUUCUAUUCUGCAAUCCUCAAUGGCAAAAUAUUCUGUCUGAAAUACAAAUCGUGUGAAGCAGUGUUUCUACUUCGCUCUGAAUUCCGAUUUAAGGAUUCAGUGAUCUGUAUUCUGUAGCCCGUACCUAUCUACUGAUUUUUUUUGUAGACAGAUUUUUGGGAUGGAUUUCAGGCACUUUCACAAUAUUAUUUAUCACAUC